AUGGACGUUGAUUGUACUCAGUCUUGUUAUGCAUGCGUAGAGCAAUCGAAAGUGUUUUCAUCCCCGAGAAUCAAAACAACCAUUUUCGUGUCCCGAUUCGGGAACGCCACAAGUGUCUUGUCGCGAACCAUGACGACAACCUCUGAAAAUGACUCGCCCUCACUUCCUGGCAACUGCCACUGUGCUGCAUUCAAAUUCUCUGUUCAGCUUCAGUCGAGUCCCGGCGUCCCUAAUGCGCUGUUCUCUUGCGGCUGCCCGUUGUGCUCGCUCAAUGCGUGUAUCUGGGCCCAGCCUUUUGCACUGCAGGUGCUCAGGGGCGACGUGAGCUUGUUGAAAGGCUAUCGGAAUGGAACGACGCUGCAUAAGUUCUGCUCUACGUGCGGGACUUCUCUGCUCUGCUGUGAUGCCGAAGAGCCCCCGCGGGUGCUGUUUGUGAAUGUUCGAGCAUUGGCCGAUUUCGACAGCUCGUGGCCCGUCAUCUCCUCCUCGUGCCGCAAAGACGCCCCACCGGAUGCUCUCGCGACCUUGGAGACUUCCGAUCACUACCGCGGAAGUUGUUGCUGUGGAGGCAUUUCUUACACUCUCCGGAUCCCGCCGAUCGACAAGACAAAAUCCUGCAACUGCAGUAUCUGCUCCAGGAACGGUGUCCUGUGGACCUACCCGCCAGUCUCCGCAUUUGCGAUCGCUUCCGGUGUCUCCCUCGCCGAGUAUACCUUUGGCCGCAAACAGGUAGUUCAUGCAUUCUGCUCGACUUGUGCUGUACCUGUCUGGGAGCGAUUCCUCCUCCCUGCCAAAGCGGCAAGCAUGGGCGUCAAUGUUCGAACCAUUCACGGACUGGAUUAUCGCGACUUACCGUCGAGGGUUCAUAAUGGUGUUGCAACGCUGCCCAAGUACGAAGUCGGAUAG